AUCCCUUUCCUUCCUCCUCAAGGGAGCAUUGCAUUGGAGGAGGAGGAGGAGGAGGACUGGAGCUCUCCAAGGUGCUGCUGCUCCUGCCGCCGGCUCUUGCAAACCGCAUGCCUGCCUCUCUGCCUGGCUCUUCCUCCUGCUUCCACACGUUCUGGCUCCACGCAUCCCUGGGCAGGAAGGGAUCAUGGUCUUUGCGCCAGGGGAGCAAUCUGGAAACAAUCACGAAGAAGCAAGAUUGCAACAUGCCAGCAAACAGAUCGUGCACACUGCCAUUCAGCAGGCUGUCCAGCAGCUCUCCCAAGAGAGCCAACCGAUGGAGAAGUGCACAAAGAGUAGUGUGAAUUUGCAGCUUGAGCAAGGACAAUUAACCAAGAAGCAUGAAAAAAAGUAAACACUCCACUGUUACUUCUCCUGGAUCCUCCACUCUGGAGCACUGCUGCCUUCAUAGUAUCAACUGCAUUGCCAGUGUAGCACUACUAGGGAAAAGCAAACCAAAGUAUAAAUAGCAUAUAGUGAUAAAUGUAUAACGUUGCAAUAGUUCUCAGCUGAGAAAUAGUGUCUUAAGAACAUUAGGUCAUGUAACUUGGUAUGUAUGCAGUGCCUCUCACACAAGUAACAAAAGAAUGCCAUGGCAACUCAAGUAUUUGUCAAGCACAAAUUCCUCCUAGGGUACAGCUCUACAUUCAAAAUGCCCCUGUACUUCUGCAUAUUUCAUCAAUGUCUAACUAACUAACAGAUGUUUCUUUCAAGGUUCGAGGAGUCUAUUGCAUGACACAGAGAAGUAUAUGUGAGAAGACAUGUUUUCAGACUCCUUGAUACCUACUCUUUGACAAAGUUUUUUUAAAAAGCAGCAUCCAGAAUGGCCACAAUGAAAUAGAAGUGGAAACAUCUGUGAAUGAAGUUUUCAUAAAUAAACAUGCUAGCCAUCACCCAACAAAGAGUUAAGCAUACUUCAACAUGUAUUUCCAUUUUCAUACUUUUAAGCUAGGGAGAGAGUGAGAGUUUGUUACAGUUUCAAUCUUUCAGUUGCACACUUACCUGUGAGUAAGCCCCAUAGAUCUCAGUUUGUCUCACUUCUGAAUAGACAUACAUUUAAUCCUGUAAAAUCAUUGGAUCUUAAAACUCUUACCUCUCAAACUCAGUGCCAUUUCUUUCAUCUGGAGCAGCUAUGUACCAAAUAGGCUCUGCUUCUUCUAUUCAUUUUUACAUAGAAAAUAUGGGAAAUCUAUUCAAAGUAGCAAAAUACUAUAGAGACCCCACUUCGUGAAAUGUGAAUGUGUUAAUGACAUAGCAAGGACUUAAGACUGUUCUGGAUUAGCCACAAAAACUCAUCUGUAGAACUGAUAUAAAAUUAGCUUCAUUGGCUGCAAUCAAGCCAUACCAGGUAUGUUCACGGAGGCCCAUAAACAUUGUGGUUCCUCUUCCAUGCACACUGCUUGGCAUCAAAGGAGAACACCAUCAUUUAAGAAAAUGGGAACUAAUGGGCGCAUGGUGUUUUCCUUACGUUCCAUACAUUGAAUAAAGCAGAAGAUAGAUGAAGACCUUCAUUUCCUUUUGCUGGGCUUUAUAUAUUAUUUUGACUGGGGAAACCUUCCAAGCUCUUAUACUAUCCUUAAUUGUAGUUCUUGUUAUUUAAAGGCAACUUUAUAUUAAAGCACAUGCUAAAUACUACUUAGGCUCUUUUAACACUUCUGAAUAAAUACAUGUUAAGGAAGAAAACUGGAAUUAUCAAUUCAAAAUGUUUUGAAACCUCUCUUGUUUAUCUUGUACAC